AGAGCCCAACCAGCGUGGUCGCCCCCAAAAUUAUCUCCCUUCGAGUGUGCGGUCGAUUGCCCGGCGUUUCGAGAAGUUUCUGUGAUUGAGAAUCCUCGAGGACAAUCCUUGCUGCCGCUUCCAGCCUACUGUGUUCAGUGAAAUUUCUCGAGCAAAAAUGGCUUCCCGUCGUCUGAUUCCGCUGCUGGACCGUGUCCUGGUGCAGCGUGCCGAGGCCCUGACCAAGACCAAGGGUGGCAUCGUGCUGCCGGAGAAGGCCCAGUCGAAGGUGCUGGAGGGAACGGUGAUCGCGGUCGGACCCGGAGCCCGCAACGCCCAAACUGGCCAGCACGUCGCGCUCGGAGUGACCGUCGGCGAGAAGGUGCUGCUGCCCGAGUACGGUGGCACCAAGGUGGACCUCGGCGACGCCAAGGAGUACCAUCUGUUCCGCGAGUCGGACAUUCUGGCCAAAAUCGAUUAGAAUCGGGCCGCGUUCUCCACCGGCAGGUCCAAGUCCAUCCGCGUCAAACAUCCGACGAGGCGGGGAGAACUGGUCGAGAUUCGACUCUGAGACAAUUUACAGCUUAAGAAAAGUUAGGAGUUAAGAUGUGUGUAUUCGUUCCGUGUGCGCGAGACCGAGUUUGAGAAACGACGUUAGAAUCUGAUGCCCAAGUUGACGACCCCCGCCGGAGAAGGCUCGUUUGAAUCGCAUUUAAAUCACUUACUUUAGCGACAAGGCUUCUUCCGAAGGGGGAAGCUCUUCAAUCCAAUCGUGUGGACCACUAAAAGAAGCUUAAUUUUACUGCUCCUGCCACGAUUGGAAGCGACGCGCGCGCGCUGGACCUCGUUCCGUUGAGGUUUGAACACGAGAAACUUGCUAGGUUACCGACGCUGACCGACACGGAAGGACAUCCCGCGAUGCGCGACCCGCGCCGGUGGAAGAUUGUAACGACCGAGAGUGCACGAGACAGGAUUGCAGAGUGUGAUUGCGAUGAUGUGUGCGUGAAUGUACCUCAUUUAGUUAGAGCGAUAAGGAGUACGAUUCUAUUAGUUUAUUUGCUGUUGAAUAAAAAUAAUUAACCGAA